CGUCCGCGUAAGCUCAGGCUCUCAUGGCUGAUGACUUCACAGUCCGCGUAAACUUCCUGAUCUUGUUUUUUCGCGUAAUUUAAUUCACUUUCUAUUAUGAGUAGGCAGUUUUGGAAAGAUUUUUUGAUUGCUUAUAUGUCCAUGCCUUGUUUGUGGAAAGUUAGGUCCCCAGACUACAACAACAGAGUCAAGAAAAACCAGUGCUAUGCUAUAUUGGCAAAUAUGUGUCGCGAAUUCGAACCGACAGCAGACAGAGCUUUCGUACAAAGGAAGAUAAAUUCGUUUCGUACAACAUUUCGUAAGGAACACAGAAAAGUAACUGAAAGCAAAAUGUGUGCUACCGGAACAGCUGACGUACACAAGCCAACUUUGUGGUACUAUGACAUAUUGUUACCGACAGUUCUGCAAGGUUCCCCACGGUCCAUCCAGUCAACACUGGAAGAAGUCGAGUUGGCACAAGAUGACAUUAGUAAUUUCGAAGAUAGUGAAGCAGAUGCAGAGGAUGCCGCAAAUGAGUCGGAGGCCACUGAUUCUAUGCGUGGAAUUGCAGAUAAUGGUGUGGUAUCUUCAGUGUGUGCUCCACCUGCCCUUUCUUUGCGCACUGUGCUACCUACGGUAUGCACUAAGAGAAUGUGGCGAGAAUCAAAAAAUGAUAAGCUACAGAAGGUAGCAUGCGAGCAGAAGUCAUCACCCUUAAUGGAAAACGAUGAAUUUUAUCACUUUGGAAUGAGCAUUGCUCUUAAAAUGCGUAAAAUGUCCAAUAUGAAUAAUAUGCAAUGUAUUAUUGCAGAAAAACUUAUCUCAGAGGUAAUAUUUCAUGGACAUAUGCAGGAUCUCACUUAUGACACAGUUAUUAAAAUUCCUGGGAAACAUGUAAAUUGACAUGGUAUGCAACAAUAUGAUGACUGAAUUUGCAGUCGUGUACACCAUGUUGUGAACACUUUGAAGAAACCUUUACACAUGGAAUUAUAUUUUAAAUAAAUAUUUUAUAACAAUGUA